GUUGCGGGCCAGCUCUUUGGACUCUGUAGCUCUUCUCCUUUGAAAAAUGAUGAAAAUCACAUCACCACCUUCUCAUGAUUAUUACAAACAUGUGCUCUACAUCGACCAUGCACACGGUUCUUCCAACAAGAGUACCGCAUAUCAAUUUUAAGCGCACUCCCUCAACCCCAAACGCUUCCUCUGAAAUCCGGCUGCUGCUGCAGAGGCCCAAACGAGUAGAACCAAUCAAGCCUCCCAUCAGUAAUCGGAAAAAGAAGAACGAGAAUUUCAUUGCCCCCACCACCACCAUCAGCAGCAGCAUCGGCAGCGCAACCGCCACCCGUGGUAGAAGCACCACUUCUGACGUCUUGCGCUUGAUGGAUGGCCUUCGCCUUCCCAUACCCCCAGAUAUGUACGCCUCUCUCAUUAAAGAGUGCAUGGACACGCGCGACGCCGCCGGAGCUGCUGAGUUGCAUGCCCACAUCGUCCAGAGCGGCGUUGUCCCUUGUUUGCCACUGCUCAACCGGCUUUUGCUAAUGCACGUCGGUUGCGGUCGUUCGGAGGCUGCCCGCCAGCUGUUUGAUCAAAUGUCUCAAAGGAGUUCUAUUUCUUGGACUAUCGUGAUUGCGGAUUCUGCGCACGAGGGCCGCUUCGAAGAGGCUAUUGGUUUGUUCCAGGAAAUGCUGCAGCACCACGGCAACAUGCUGGUGAUCCCACCUUGGAUCCUAGUCUGCCUUCUGAAGGCUUGCGUCCACACCGUGAACGUGGCACUGGGAAAGCAGGUUCAUGGAUGGUUGUUGAAGGCUGGCUAUACUAGAAAUUUGUUCUUGAGCACCUCUUUGAUGAACUUCUAUGGAAAAUGCAGAUGCUUACCAAGUGCCAACUUCGUCUUUGACCAUAUGAAUUGUCAUGAUACUGUGGUUUGGACGACCUCAAUUGUCAACAACUGCAGGGAGGAGCAUUUUGAGGAGGUUCUUAAUGCCUUUAAUGACAUGGGGAGAGCAGGGGUAAGGAAGAAUGGCUAUACAUUCUCCAGUGUUCUCAAGGCUUGUGGCCGGAUGAAGGAUGAUGGAAGGUGCGGUAGGCAGGUCCAUGCUGAUGCUAUCAAACAUGGAGUGGACUUUGGUAGCUUUGUGCAAUGUGGGUUGAUUGAUAUGUAUGGAAAAUGCGGGCUCGUGGGAGAUGCUGAAAGGUUGUUUGAGAUGAUAUGUGACAAGAAAAACACUGCAUGUUGGAAUGCCAUGCUCACUGCUUACAUAUGGAACGGUUUCUGCAUUGAGGCCCUAAAAUUCUUGUAUCACAUGAAGGCUGUGGGUGUGCAACCCCAAGAGUCACUGAUCAAUGAAGUGAGGAUUGCUUGUGGGAGCAGAUCCUUUGAGAAAAAAGAAUUGAUGGAAUAAGUGGUUAAUAUAUAUAUAUAUAUAUAUAUAUAUAUAUAUGUAUGCUCUUGGAUUCGAAUGCUGAUGAAUCUUCAGCUCCCUGCUUAUUACAUGCUUAGAAUCUUGUUACCUAACAGCAUUCAGCAAAAGCCUUUGUAUUUGAAGGCUGUGAUUUAUUCCUUGUCUCAGUUUCAGGCCUUCAUUUCAGUAUUCUGAGUCAAUAUCUUAGAAUCAGCAUGCAACUGUAGCAACUAGAAGAUUAAGGUUGAAGUUUUGAGCUGCAGCUCCAAAGUGCAGGGCUGGCCAAUGUUACAGCUAAUAUUUGAUCCAGUUGGUCAUUGCCAUGGUCUUUAUGAUGCAAACUUAGUAUGAUUUGAACUUCUUGUUCAUAUCAAUUCUCUAAUGACAUCUUUUGUUCGAAUCAAGCAGCAAUUAUUGGAAAUUUCUUGUUCGAGGAGAACUUCUUGAUGUUUGGGCAGGGGUAAACCUGGAAGGAGCUGCUAAAUGGAUGUUUCUGCUGGUAAUGUAUAUGGCUGUUCAAGUAUUGUGGAGGUUGGUUGUACAUUUUCAUUACUGUUUGCUUCUACUGCAUAGCUAAACUGAAUGAAUGCUCAUUGAUGAUGUAACUGACAAAGACUAAAAUCUGUUCUUCGGUCCCCACCUUAAGGCUUUAGAUUGAGUGUUUUCUUAGUACAGUGGACAGGGGAUAAUCUAUCCUAAUUAUUGCUACUGUGAAUUAAAUUUGAUUUCUUGCAAUUAUUAUUUAGAAAUUACUGCAAGGGGCUUUAUUUGCCCUUAACAUUUAAUUCACCAAAUUUUCAGAUGGCAUGUAAU